AUUUGGAUUUAUGGUCGAACCAGCCGGACCCUGGCCGGACCAGCCGGCGAACAGAGGUCCAGGAUUGACCCAGUCCGACAAAUCGGACGCAUCACGCCCCUGGUCCCCAGGCCGUCCAACCCCCCUUCUCCCGGAUUUUUCCAGACCCGACUCGACUCGUCCCGACCGAUUGUAAAUCACAUGACACGUAAAUUGGUCAGUCGUCAAGUGUCUAUUAUAAAGGAAAGAUAUUUUAUAAAUUUUAUGAAAAAUAAGUUCAAGAGAAAUAAACUAUGAAAAGGUUAGAACUAGCCCUGCUGCUGUACAGUGUAAUGUACACAGUGAAGUGUACAGGAGAGGUAUGUACAAACACAGUAGAAGGCGUGUACAGAGUAGAGAGCCGCUGUACAGGAGCACAUAUAUCGAGUGCUCUUAGUGCAGGAGAAGGGUGUGCUCCGAGAGCAACUUUGCUUCGACUUCCCUGGCCCAAUUCAACCCAGAUAGAUCAGAUGACUCCCACAUACGUAACAGUGCAGCAGUGUGAUGGUUCAUGUACACAGUACGGACACUCUUGUACACCCAGGAAAACUAGGAUGAGAAAGGUUCCUGUAAUCCUCUCCAAGUGUGGAAUCAGCUCUGGAACCUGUGACAAGGAGUGUUCUACUCUGGAGAUAGAAGAGCACCUUGACUGCUCCUGUUCCUGCUCCCUGGAGCAGUCCUCCUGCCGUCUUGAUCAGGAGCUCAGAGCUGACCUCUGCUCCUGCCAGUGUCGAGAUAUCCUGGGGAAGCAAACCUGCCUGGACGCAGGACGGAUCUGGGAUGACAGCUCCUGCUCCUGUGGAUGCUCGGAGCAAGAGUGCGCUCCUGGAACCCAGCUCCAGGUCUCAACCUGUACCUGUACUCAGGAUCCUGGUCUCGAGGUUGUGUUGGAGCAGGAGGACAGGGCUCCCAGGAGCACUGAACCCUUCCCUGGGUUCGAGAUGAUCGUGAUCAUCAUCCUACUGGGGAUCAUCUUUAUUCUGAUCGUGAUCGUGUUUUCCCUAAUCAUGAGGAUCCAGAGGAUCCAGAGGAACUACAGGAGAGAGAAGAUGAAAAAGCAGAAGGACGAGGAACUAUCUUCUCAGGGUGGGUUUACAGAUACUCGACCUCAGGUUCAGUACAAUGAAGUACAACGGGGGGAGGGGGCUCAGUACACAGAGGUUGGGACAGGAGAGAACUGUUCUACUCCAAGCUCAGGGUUCUACUCGGAGUUAGGACAGGAAAGACCAGAGUUUGAUCAUCUUUAUACCUCCCCUGAUCAAGUGAGGAGCAAGAAACAUAAGAUUCCAGACGCGAUAAUUGGAAACUCAGUGGGAGGAGGGAGCAGAGGGUUCGAUUCCGCCCUGGACAGUUCAGGGGACACACUAGGGACCCCUGGGGGACCCUACAGGGGUGUAGAGGGAAGCAUUUACGGGGGUAGCUCAGAGGCUCCUUGCUGUGCUCCUGCUCUUGCCCCUACUGUAGAAUCAAGAUAUGGAGAAUAUUGUACGUUGAAAUAUGAACCGUACACUGGUGUGCAGGGCCCAGUGUACGGUAGGGUUGAUACUAUGGAGUACAGGGCUCCUAGCUUUCAGAUUGAUGAAGCUGUUAGACUUCUCCAGGUUUCAACAAACCAGUAAAACUUUACUCAGGGUUCAUAGAAACCAGUAGAUCUUUACUUAGGGUUCAUAGAAUCAAGUAGAUCUUUACUCAGGGUUCAUAGAAACCAGUAGAUCUUUACUUAGGGUUCAUGGGAACCAGUAUAUCUUCACUCAGGGUUCAUGGAAACCAGUACAUCUUUACUUAGGGUUCAUAGAAACCAGUAGAUCUUUACUUAGGGUUCAUAGAAACCAGUAGAUCUUUACUCAGGGUUCAUAGAAACCAGUAGAUCUUUACUUAGGGUUCAUGGAAACCAGUAGAUCUUUACUCUGGGUUAAUGGAAUCAAGUAGAUCUUUACUUAGGGUUCAUAGAAACAAGUAGAUCUUUACUCAGGGUUCAUGGACAGCAGUAGAUCUUUACUCAGGGUUCAUGGACAGCAGUAGAUCUUUACUCAGGGUUCAUGGACAGCAGUAGAUCUUUACUCAGGGUUCAUGGACAGCAGUAGAUCUUUACUCAGGGUUCAUGGACAGCAGUAGAUCUUUACUCAGGGUUCAUGGACAGCAGUAGAUCUUUACUCAGGGUUCAUGGACAGCAGUAGAUCUUUACUCAGGGUUCAUGGACAGCAGUAGAUCUUUACUCAGGGUUCAUGGACAGCAGUAGAUCUUUACUCAGGGUUCAUGGACAGCAGUAGAUCUUUACUCAGGGUUCAUGGACAGCAGUAGAUCUUUACUCAGGGUUCAUGGACAGCAGUAGAUCUUUACUCAGGGUUCAUGGACAGCAGUAGAUCUUUACUCAGGGUUCAUGGACAGC